UGUCAGAGUAGUGUCGCUUAAUAUAUUUUUAGCUGUUGGGCGGGAGCGGGGUUAUGUUGAGCCACUGAGUGUAGCGGCAAACGUUCGGACGCGGCACGCGAAGCAUUCACCAAGUUCACCGCACGGUCGUACCAUGCGCUGAUAAAAAUGACUUCUCGGGGCAUCAGGCGGAAGAAAUCUUCGCUGUCUGAAGUUAAAGUUGCGGUAGUGGGUGCACCUUCCGUCGGAAAAAGUGCUUUGACAGUUCGAUUUCUCACAAAACGGUAUAUUGGUGAAUAUGAUCAUCAACAAGAGAGCAAAUACAAGCAUGAAGCACUUCUUGACGGUGAACCAAUACUUUUUGAAAUAUUGGACACAUGUCCAAAGACUCUAGACGAAUUACCAGGGAGUGAAGUGGCUCAGUGGGCGGACGGACUGUUUCUCGUUUAUUCUAUAACUGAUCGGGGAUCAUUCAACUACAUACGACGAGCGAAGCAGAACCUACAUCCAGAAGUACCAAUUACAUUAGUAGGAAAUAAAGCGGAUAUGGUCCAUCUGAGACAGGUCAGUCAAGAAGAAGGUGAAAUCUUAGCCAAAGACUUUGAGUGUAGCUUCGCAGAAAUAGCGGCAGCGGAACAAGUGAACCAGGUCGGCGAAGUAUUCUUUGAUUUGUGUCGUGAAGUUCUGACACAUCGUAGAAGAGCUAAACAUAGUCUUCUAGACAGAAUGUUGGGAUCAAAGACAGCGUACAGAGUAUACUCUCGUGGCAAGAGUGACAGCGCUCUACCCAAAGACUAAAUAGGAUGUGUAUGCAUUUAGUUUUAUUUAUGUUAUAAAUUAAUUAUUAAAAUUUAAUUAGCUCAUUUGAUAGCACAAAUAUUAUGGUAUAUGGUAAGUACAAUGAAAGUGAAACAUGUGAAUAAUUACAAAUAUAUUGAGGCUAUAUUGAAGGAAGCACAUUGACUUAGUUGAAGUUUAAUAGGGUAUCGAGUUAUAAUACGAAAAAAAAAAUGUUGUAUUACAACUAAUUUAUCCGCCAUUUAAAUAUAGAAAAGAAUUUCCUUAUAAGUUUUCAAAUAAUGUACUGUAAUUAUUAUCCGAUUAUAUUGAAUACAGAAUACUUAGUACUUAUUCGCAUAUCCUCUUCUUUAAUUCAAAAUGUACCUAUAGUUGAUACACGUAUACACUGUUAAGAUUAUGUGUAAGUAAAUAUAAAUUUUCAUUUAAAGACACCGUUUGUAUUAUUUUUAUAUUUUUGUUCUUCUUUUCGUAUUAAUGAUUGUUUAGUUUGUUUAUCUGUUCAUUUCUAUAUUUUCACCUAGCCAGAGGGAACGUAUGCGGAUUAAGCAUUAUAUUGUAUCAGGUUCAGCUUGGGGACUUUAAAUAAAUAGUUUCUGCUGAGUUUUAAUUUAAGUACCUAAAUAUAAAUGACAUUUUGUUAAAUAACACGGAUGGUAGUUUGUAUUGUUUGAAACUUUCUGAGUUAGAUUAUGAUUAUUUUAAAUGACGCGACCUUGGAAUGUAUUUAAAAUAAUUAUUGGCCCUGAAGUUGUAACUGUAUUGUUAUAUUAAAAAAUAAAAUUAAUACCAAUCUGCUAACCAUUGUAAUCUUGAAAACUAUGAAUGGAGUACAUCUUCUGGAAUCGGCGUGUAAUUUUAUUAUCUAUGUAUAUACACACGUAAUAUUAGUCAUUAUAAUCACUAGUAAUCAAUUUAUUAGUAAUAAAUAUUACAAUAUUAUGCAUAGUCCCUUGGACGACACAUAACUUGUCUAAUGGUCACGAACCAUUUAAUGAAAAUCAAAAUAAUAAAGCUAUCAAAUUA